UGGUCAUCCACGCCUCAUUAGUCUAAUACUGCAUUUCAUUGGUUAGGAUUUAUCACGCGAGCUUCUAUGUACCUUCCUACAAGUGAUUUAGGUACGUGUAUCAGUUAUUAGUUGUUGUCGCCUCAUUACAGUUGUUUGGAUUUUCACACAUACUUGACAGUGGAUGACAUUGGUCAUCCGCGCGACUAAUAGUGCUAUCAAAUUGGAUUUUGAUUUUCGAAAAUGUCACAACCAAAAAUAUCAAGAGACGAAAGUAGCAAAGAUCCUAUGAAAUGGUUACAAUGGUAUAAUGAAAUAGAGGAAGAUGAAAGUGAACCGGAAGAAAACGAAAGCGAAUCGGAUAAUGAUUUUGUAUAUGAGAGCGAACAUGAUACAGAUAGUGAACAGGGAGCUGACGAGGAAAGUCUGGACGAUAAAGAUGAAGGGAUCCUGGAUAAUGAUACAUAUCUUGCGAAGGAUAGAAUGACGAGGUGGAGAAAAGAUCUUUAAAAGAUGAGUUCCUAACGGCUGGACCCAGUGCAUCCCUUAUCCAUUUUAUCUAUAACACAGGCAUCAAAUCUCUUAGGAAUUAUUGGUAAACAUCGGCAGAUAGAACAGUUUCAUAUCGCUACGUCAUAAUGAACCAAAAGGAAAAAUGAACUUGUCGACGUCAACGUUAGCAACAAGAAAAGCAGGAACGGAAAUCCUGCAGGAAUUUGUUUUGAGAAUGGACGAAGCUGACUUGAAUCGAGACGAAAACUUGGCCCGAAUAGAGAUUGCCACUUUGGCUUUAAUAUUUAUUACGACUGUAUUGGGAAAUGCUACGUUUUUUUUGGCGCUAUGGAUGAGAAAAAGAUAUUCUGGCACAAAAAAACUUUCCAGAAUGUACUUCUUUAUUCUGCACCUAUCAGUGGCCGAUCUAAUAGUAGCGUUCUUCAGUGUGUUACCUCAACUUGCCUGGGAGAUCACGUACAGAUUUCAGGGCGGAUUCUUAUUAUGUAAAGUUGUUAAGUUUGGUCAAACCUUAGGUCCAUAUCUAAGUUCCUAUAUUCUCAUGGCAACAGCAAUAGAUAGACAUCAAGCCAUUUGCUAUCCACUCACCUAUUAUUCUUGGACUUCCAGAUGUUCCAAAGUAAUGAUGUAUGUAGCUUGGCUAGCAAGUAUAUUAUGUUGUGUACCCCAGGUAAUAAUAUUUUCGUAUCAAGAGGUGGCUCCGGGGAUUAACGAUUGUUGGGCUACAUUUGAUCAAGAGUGGGGAGCACAGGCCUACGUUAUUUGGUAUAGCAUCAGCAUAUUCAUCGUCCCGCUUUUCGUCUUAGUUUACACAUAUACUUGCAUAUGUUGUGAAAUUUGGAGAUGUUCCGAUUCUGUUCUACGACCUCAAAGUAGCUUCAAAAAUGGGACGGAAAGACACAAGGUACCAUUUAUUUCGAGGGCCAAAAUCAAUACCGUUAAACAAACCGUGGCUGUCAUAGUGAUGUAUAUUGUCUGCUCCACUCCCUUCAUUUUUGCUCAAUUAUGGGCCACGAUUGAUCCCAGCAGUUCAUUUUUAGAAGGUUCCACCUUUACUAUUUUAACAUUAUUGUACAGCUUAAAUAGCUGUGUGAAUCCAUGGAUCUACUUGUUUUUUAACCGAGAGCUUCCCAGAAUACUAAUCAAACGACUUUUCGUAGCAAAUACCCAAUAUACAGCAACUUCGGAUGGAGGUCAUACAGUAAGUAACUCUUCUGGAGAUCAUAUGACUUCCCUAAAACUAAUGAGAAACAGUCCUGCCCGAGAUGAGCGCAGAUGGAUGGUAACGGCCACCUGAGACGGGCAGGCAGGUUGCGGGAUUCCUAGAUUUAUCAACCGCAGCCGGUCGCUGGACGAAAUAUCGGGUUCAUCUCUAGUGGAACUUGCCGAAUUUAUUACAGAGUUUACCGAAGUGCAAAUAAACUAUGAGACUAUCAUUUAAUUUUAUAAGGUGGUUGAGAUGUAUAUUAAUAUGGUUGUUGUGAAUACAAAACUAUUGAGCAGCCUAGACUUCCAAAUGAAUAGUUUAUAUACUAUUUAAAGUUAGGCUUUGUUAUAAGAAGGGGAGAUCGGGGAGUAUUGAGACGGGUUUUGCUUUUAGACCAAAAAUUAUAAUUCCUUUUUAGCUACAUUAACAUUUUUAAAAUAUGAUAAAGUUUAACGAUACUUAGAUAUCUAAGUUUUACUUUCAUGCUCAAAACUUAUUUUUUGGAUUUUCGCAAUACUCAGAGGGUUAAGAGACAGAAAUUUAUUAGUACGAAUAUAUCAUUCAAUACAAUACAAUAUAUUAGGGAAAUUUUCAUAAAUACACAAUCCAAUUUAUAGACACAACUUAAAAGUUUUAAUAUAACUCAUAGUACAGGGUGUCCCAUUUUGGGUACUUUUGCGGUAUAUCUCCGUUAUUUUUAGAGAUAGAGAUUUGCGGUUUUCGCGGUACUGUGCUACUUUUUCGUAAAACUAAAGAUGCUGUUAACAAAAUUUUCAUAGCCCUUUUAUAAUUUAAGAUACAGGGCAUUUUUGAAAUGUUUGUAUUUUAGGACCCCCCUCGUAUCUCCGUUAUUUUUUUAGUUUUUGUUAAAGUAAAAAUUUCUUGUAGAUUUUUUUUCGUAGAAUCUAGUGGUGUAGAUAUUUUUUUUUGAUUAAUAGUUUUUGAGUUAUAACCCAAACCUAAGUUUUUUAUACGGAACACCCUGUAUAUUUAUAGUUCAUAAAAUUGGCCUUUUUUUUCCUUUUCAAAAUUAUAUAACAGUAUGGAUCUAUUUUCAAAAAUACACAAAUAACCAACAAUUUUCUAAAUUAAAUGCAUAAUUUAAUAGUAGGCCAUGAAUAGCUCAACAAAUAAGAAGUUACAAAUUAAUAACGACGAAUGGGGAAUUGCAUCAUUCUUCUUUUUUGUAAUAAAAGAACAUAAAAAACAAAUCUAUAAAUUUAAUAAAUACUCUAAGAAAACAACCAUAUAACAAAACGACAAUGUAACAAAACAAUAUUUUCAGAAGAGAUGUUCAAAAUGACCACCAUCUUCUCUGAUACAAAAUUGGCACAUACUUGUAACCCUUUGAAUAGCAUUUAAAAUAAUAAUUUGUCUCCUUCUCAGAUUAUAAAAUUCUAAAUGAAUUGCGUCUUAAAGUUCUAUUAGAUUAUUGCAUUGUCUUAUAUACUUCAUAUACAUUCUUUUAUAUAUACUUUAUCUUGUAUAUACUCUCAUAAAAAAAAAUUAAAAUCGAGAGAUCGGGAGACCGUGGAAGCCAUAUAACAGGUCCAUUGGUACCUAUGCAUCUUUGAACAAAGUUAUUUUCAAGAAAUGCCCUUACGAGCCCAGAGUUAUGACUUAAGGCACCAUCUUGUUGUAGGUAGAGAGUGUUAUAUUGGGCUAGAGGCAUAUUUUCCAGAAGUUCUGGAAUAACUUCCUCAAGUAUGUCUAGGUACCUACGUUAGGGUGGGUCGUUUUUAUACUUUUUCUUUAAUUUUGACAGACCUGUGGUUUAAAAACUUGCUAUUAGGUAAAAUAAUCUCGUGCAAAUUUAAAAAAAAAUCAUCAGCGUUUGCACCCUCGCUACUCCCCCCAAAAAUACAAAAAAAAAUAUAAAUAGAAAAUAAUUUGCCUGUGCUAUAAAAUAAUGUAAUAUAGUCCUCUAAUUACGCAAAAAAAACAUUAUUAAAUUGUAGACAUAUUUAGGCCCCCCGCCAGCUCUUAAGCGAUAAUGGUCCUGUGGUAUUUCCGUCCAGAUGUCGAACCAAAUGUCGCAAUGGCAACUUGUUUGCAUGUAGUUGACAUAUACACAUCAAAAUGGUCUAGGGAACACAUACAAAUAUGUUAUUAUUUUUGAGAAGAUUGGAAAAAAGUUAAUUAUUGGAAUUUUUUUACAUUAUUCGAAUAAAAUAACAAUAUAAUUAUUAACUUUUUUUGUAGAUUAUAAUUUACUUAUAAUUUAGGGUCCAAAUAAAAAAUAAAGAACAAAAUCCCAUUUAUUACCGUUUAUUAAAAGAAAUUAUAAAAAUAAAAAUUUACCAAAUACAAAUUAAACUAGUAGCCAGAUGGUCCAACUCUAUUAUUAAUAACACUUUGGUAUCGCCUAGGCAUACUUAAAAUUAAAUUAUUAAUUAAUUCUUGGGGCAACUCCUCCCAAACAUGUGUCACAGCAAGACGAAGCUCCAGAGAGCUUUGAAAAAAGUCAAAUCGUUGAAGAAGUUGCCUUUUUAACCAAUCCCAAACAUGCUCAAUUGGAUUAAGCUCUGGUGAGGUAGAGGGCCAGGGUAGAAGAUUGAUUUGAUUUUCCUCAAUAGCGAUUCGUACAAGCCGUGCUCGAUGUGGUGGGGCACUAUCUUGUUGCAACAACGAAUUUGGGCCCAUUUCGCGUAAAUAUGGAACAAUUACAGGCAGUAGUAUAUUAUCCCUAUAACUUAUUCCAGUCAUUGUAUUUUCGACAAAAAUUAGGUUCGUUUUUCCGUCAAGUCUAAUGCCACCCCAAAACAAUAGUGAUCCACCACGUUGCCUUACUACUUCCCGGGCAUAUCGCAAACGAUUUUCAUUUCCUUCCUCUCUCCAAACACGAAUUCUACCAGAAUCACGAUAAAAUGAAAAUCGAGACUCAUCCGUAAAAAGAGAUGUGGCUCAUCUUUCUUGAUUCCAGUUAACAUGUUCUUGGCACCACAUUAAUCUUGCACCUUGAUUUCCUAAAGUUAACCGAGGAAUCCUUAGGGGUCUUCUGGCAUGAAGUCCUCUCUUAUGCAAAUGGUUUCUAAUAGUUUGACCUGAAACCUCGACGUUAUGCACUCGUGAGAGCUGCUGAACCAAAACAGAGGCUGUUACCGUGGGAUUUCUUUGAGCUUGCAAAGUUAUAAAACAGUCUUGGGCAGGUGUAAUAACUCGCGACAGGCCUUGAUGCCAUUCUCUAACAUCAUUUGUCUCUCUAUAUCUUGUCCACAAACGGUUAAUUACACUGAAAGAUGUAUCCAAAGCUCUUGCAACGUCUGUUUGACUUGUUCCUGCCUCAAGCAUUCCGACUGCUCUUAGCAUUUCCUCUCGAGUUAAAUGUCGUCUUUCCAUUUUUAUUGAAUAAAAACUAAAUCACAAUUGUUCGGUUGGAACCACAGAAAGUGCGAUAUUGCGUUAGAAUUUAAAAAUUAUAAUCUGCAUUAUUUCGACAAAAUGUGCAAGUAGCAAAUAUUUAUUUUACUUCGUUGGUAUAAUAUUAAAGGUAGUAUCUAUUCCGUAUGAAAAUAUAAAUAUAUAAAAAUUUAUAAGGCGAAAAAAACUAUUUUUCUAAGUGUUCCUUAGACUAUUUUGAUGUGUGUAUUAGCCAUUGCAAAAGUCGUUUAAGAUGUAAUUCCAACAAAUGUAUUAACACCACCGUGAGGCCCAGUGUUAAUGACAGUACCAUCGCAGCCAACCGCAACUAACUCGCUAACUAAUACUUCAUUUUCGGUUAAAUAUUUUAGAAUCGUUGAAGCUAUGGUCUUUGCAGUACCGUUUUCAGGUGUUACGUGUCAUAUAUAGUCACUACCUGGUUCCUUUAAUAACACUAUAUGUUCUUCGAAAAUGAUUUUCCUAGAUGACGAUUCACCCUGUUUUUUAAUGUGAAGAGUUCUAUCUUUGCGUCCAUCAAAAUAGAGAGCUUGAAGACUAGUACCAUCUUUUAUUAUAGUUUUUUGUAAAUCAAGUCGUUGCCUUUUUCUUUGUUGAUCUAAUUUGGACUUGUCUAUUAAAUAAGAUUGAUCAGUUUUGCAUAUCAAUCCAACAUCUUCCAGAACUGCACUGGCGAUCAUUGCUCCUUUUCUACUUGAUAAUCCAGCUCGGUCUAUUGCUUUUGCUAAUGCAGGAAAGUCGAGGGUUAUGCCCGUAGAAGUUGACGGCUCUGGUUCGAAGUCUGGAUCACAGUCUGGUUUGCUUUGCACUGAUAUAUCUGAUAGAUUGCCUUGUUCAAUAUUUUUUUCUGAUACAUUACGCGAAAUUUUUUGUUGACUUUUGUUCUCCGGAAUAUUACGCGAGAGGUCCCUGCUUAUUCUUUUUUGUUUUUGCUGCAAAUUUUUACUUGUUUUGGCAUCUACUUGCCCUAUAGACAUUAAUCGUGUAGUUCUCUGGUCGUUUAGAAAAGCUUGUUCCAAAUUUUUGGAACUUUGUAUGACUUCUCACAAAUACACUGAAGACAAAUACAACACAAAUACAACAAAUACACAUAAGUUAAAAUCGGUACAUUUGCACUUGAAAUAUCAAAGAGUUUAGUAUUAGCCUCAUCACGAAAUUUUUGAAGCUUAGUUUUCGCCGCAUCACUUGUUUUCUUAAUUGACUUUUUAAUGUUUAUAAAUUGUUGGUAAUACUUUUUUAAUAAGGCAAUACAUUGGUGAUCUGAUAUAAACAUUCUGAUAUAAGCUUUCAUCCAAAUUUCUUGAAUUUUUUGCACUACAAUUUUGAUUAUUUCGGUAACUGUUUUAUUUUUACCUUCACCACUGCCGGCUACGUCAUUUUGGAUAUAUAAAAAAUAUCGCAUGACGUCACCAUAACACGGAAGCACGGUUUCACAUAAAACGGUAGGGUUAUCAAACACGGGAUCACCAAUCGUUUGCCGCGUUAACAAUUUUUGUCUCUCCGCUAUUGUUUUCUGAAGUAAAACUUCACUCUAAACAAUAAUCGAAAUUAUUAUACUUAAUAAUAUAACGAAUGAAAUGUAUAGUACUUUGAAAACACAAUUGCACAACCGACUAAAAACAGAGACAACCAAAGAGACAGGCAACUGUGCGCUAAUAAAAUAUCCGAUUAUUUUCCAUCUUUGUCUCUCUUCGUGAAAGGUGAACGUAGAUGGCGCAGAUAGCGUUUGCCGCCAUAAUUCAAACCUCGGCUAUUAAGCAUUUAAUAAUUUAUUUUAAUUAAAAUCAGCCGUUAUGUCUCAGAAGUCAGAACAUCAUAAUUAUGUUCUGAGACAGAACGGCUGGUUUUAAUUAAAAUAAAUAAAAAGUUAUUGAUAUGUUUUUAAUUACUCAGAACGAUGGCAGACUUUAAUUAAAACGAUGCAAUUUAAUAACAUUUAAAUUGGGGAACUAAAUAAACUAAAUAUAAUUCUGAAACGUUUUGUAUUAUAUUUUCAGUAUAUGGUAUAACUAUAAUAUGUGCAUGCAUUUUCUUAAUUAUUUUCAUAAUUUAUAAUUUAAGACGGUAACAGUAACAUGCAUAUACAUAAAUGCAAUUAAAAUAUAGAAAGAUUUUAAUUAUCACAGUACUAUAGUAAUAUUUC